AUGGACUUCAUGAAUACCAGGACUCUAGCACUCCACAAUCAUCCCCCAGGCGAUACAUGCGGCAAGAAGGAAGACAGUCUUUCGAAAGACGAGGAAGAGACUCCUAUCACCCCAGAGGACAGUCUCGAUGCUCUGAUUGCCGAGCUCGAGGAAGAAGAUGGAAAAGAACCUGACCCCGAAGUCCUCACAAUCGGCCCGGGAGCUGAUCGACCCAUCCCAAACACUCUGCUGCAAACCAGCCUGGCAACUGGUCUCACAGACUUUGAGGUCAGCGUUAUGCGAAGAAAGUAUGGCUGGAACCGUCUGCAUGAGCAGAAAAGAAGCAACAUCGUCAAGUUCUUGAAGCUCUUUGUCGGGUCUGUGCAGUUUGUCAUGGAGGUUGCAGCCCUCUUGGCUGCUGGCCUUCAAGACUGGAUCGAUUUUGGUGUCAUCUGUGCACUUCUUCUCCUCAACGCCAUCGUCGGAUUUGCCCAGGAAUACCACGCCGGUAAUAUCGUCGACAGUCUCAAAGAGAACCUGGCACUCAAGGCCACUGUCAUUCGCAAUGGGGAGAUGUUUGAGGUGCCUUCACAGGAUGUCGUGCCAGGAGAUGUCGUUCAUGUGGAUGAUGGCACGAUUGUACCAGCCGAUGGCGUAAUCGUUUCCGAUGGCACGCAUUUACAAGUCGAUCAGUCCUCAAUCACCGGCGAGUCACUGGCAGUGGACAAACAUCAGGGUGACCGCUGCUUUUCUUCAUCUGCUAUCAAGCGUGGUAGCGGCCUUCUCAUCGUGACCCAUACUGGUGAUCGAACUUUUGUCGGAGCGGCAGCAGAACUGGUCAACAAGGCUGACAAUGGAACUGGCCACUUCACUAAAGUUCUUGAUCAAAUUGGUAGGAUCCUUCUCACGCUAGUUGUUCUCACUCUCCUUGUCGUCUGGAUCGCCUCCUUCUACCGAUCCGACUCUAUCGUUGAAAUCCUGGAAUACACUCUGGCCAUCACAGUUGUUGGGGUGCCUGUUGGCCUCCCCGCAGUCGUCACUACAACCAUGGCCGUGGGUGCUUCGUAUCUGGCCAAGAGUUCUGCCAUUGUUCAGAAGCUUUCGGCAAUCGAAUCCCUAGCUGGAGUAGAAGUCCUCUGUUCCGACAAGACUGGCACUCUCACUCGAAACAAGCUCGCAUUGGGUGAGCCUUACACAACUCCAGGGAUUGAUCGAGAGGCUCUCAUGCUCACAGCCUGUCUGGCUGCCACUCGCAAGAAGAAAGGGAUUGAUGCUAUCGACAGGGUCUUCAUUAAGGGCUUGAGAGGAUAUCCUCAUGCCAAGAGUCGGAUCGAAACCUUCAGAACUAUCGAAUUUUAUCCGUUUGAUCCGGUUUCAAAGAAGGUAACAGCCGUGGUGGAAUCGUCCCAAGGCGAACAGAUCAUAUGUGUUAAAGGGGCUCCUAUUCCAGUCUUGAACACUGUCAAAGAAGACCAGCCUGUUCCCGUGGAUAUUGAGAAUGCCUACGUGGCCAGGGUCACCGAGUUUGCCAGCCGUGGAUUCCGGGCUCUUGGAAUUGCCCGAAAAGGCGCCGAUGGAGUAUGGCAAAUCAUGGGGAUCAUGCCCUGCUCAGACCCUCCACGUCAUGACACCGCAAAGACUAUCAUCGAAGCCCAGCGCUUAGGGCUUCGCAUCAAGAUGCUGACUGGAGAUGCCGUGGGAAUUGCGCGAGAGACAGCCCGCCAACUUGGCCUCGGCACCAACAUCUAUAACGCAGAAAAACUCGGAGUCACCGGCGCUGGAGAUAUGCCCGGCUCGGAGGUCAACGACUUCGUUGAGGCAGCUGAUGGCUUUGCCGAAGUCUUCCCUCAGCACAAGUACAGCGUUGUGGAGAUUCUUCAGAAGCGCGGCCUUCUGGUGGCUAUGACUGGAGAUGGUGUGAAUGAUGCCCCAUCUCUCAAAAAAGCCGACACAGGCAUCGCGGUCGAGGGUGCUUCGGAUGCUGCUCGCUCGGCUGCCGACAUUGUCUUUCUUGCGCCCGGCCUAUCUGCAAUCAUCACUGCCAUCAAGGUGUCACGCCAGAUCUUUCAUCGAAUGUAUGCAUAUGUCAUCUACCGAAUCGCUCUGUCUUUACAUCUGGAGAUCUUCUUCGGACUGUGGAUCGCCACCAUGAAUGAAGGCCUCGACCUUCGCCUGGUUGUGCUUCUGGCCAUCUUCGCCGAUAUUGCAACUCUGGCAAUUGCCUAUGACAACGCGCCGUACUCAGAGUCACCUGUCAAAUGGAAUUUACCCAAACUAUGGGGUAUCGCUGUCGUCAUGGGCAUGAUUUUGGCAGCUGGUUCCUGGAUUGCAUUCGGUACCAUGCUGCUGCGUGGCGAGGAAGGAGGCUUGGUGCAAAAUUUUGGAGCUCGUGACUCGGUUCUCUUUCUGGAGAUCGCCCUUACGCAGAACUGGUUAAUCUUCAUCACUCGAGGAGUUAAGAGUCCCAUCUGGAAGCAUCUUCCGUCCUUGCAGCUCUUCCUUGCAGUCCUGGUGGUGGAUAUUGCGGCCACUUUAAUGGUUAUCUUCGGUGUGUUUGUAAACAGAAACACUUCUAUCGUGACCAUUGUCCGCGUGUGGGGCUUUUCUUUGGGAGUGGAAGUUGUCUGCUUUGUUGUGUACAACUUCUUGCAGAGCUCGGAAGCAUUUGACAACAUCAUGCACGGACGGAGCCCACGCGGCAAAGGUAGGGAGCGAUCGUUCGAGGAUUUUGCGAUCAACAUGCAGCGACUGGCGAGCCAACACGAGAAGACCUCUUGA